AUGGGUCAUCAGUACGGUGUGGUAAUGCCCUUCCCGCCACAAAAUUUUCCAGACGUAAUUAACAACAGUAACCCAACGCUUUCUGGAGCAGACUUCAGAAAUCCAUCUUCAGUAACAUAUAUCAAUCCCAAUCAAUCCAAUCAAAUUUUCGGUACUGCUGCUAAUCAGUCACCAAAUAUAGUUCCAAAUCGAAACUGCAAUUCCUCCAAUCAGUUUACUGCCAAUCUUCCACCAACACCAACAAAUGAUUCACCACACUACUUCAUUCCAUUCAAUUGUGUUGUUCCCGAAGAUGACGCUAACGCACACGAUGGAAAUGUUGGAUUUCCAGUAUACGACGAAUUCGACAAUCCGGAACUCAACUGGUGCUAUACAGCUCCAGUACACAAUAAUGGAUUUGGAAAUGAGUAUGAAAUCUGGAAACCUCUUCCAACACUUACUCUCAAUAAUGGUAACUCAACUGAACAGAUCUUCGUGAACAAUUAUCUGUUCGAUUCGCCAAUGUUGCCAGCUCCGAUGGGAGGUUCAGAAGUUGAUCAGCCAAAUGUUCAGCAAACAUUCCAAGAUACAUACGAUGCUGAUAUGAACGAUCUGCAGUAUAGCUUUAGCAACUUCUCGUUCUUGGAUGUAUCACCACAGACAACUCCGACACAAGCAUCGCCACAAGUAUUCACGCCACAAGCAUCACCACCGCGAAUGUUUUCGCCACAGGUAUCAACGCAGCAGGUAUUUCCAUCACAGGUUUCAACGCAACAGGUAUUUCCGCCACAGGCUUCAACGCAGCAGGUAAUUUCGCCACAGGUUUCACCACAGCAGAUAUUUUCGCCACAGGUACCGCUGUCACCGGUGCAUCAGUCGCAGAUGUUUCCUCCACAGCAAAUGCUACCACAGCAUAUGCUGCCGUCGCAGAUGCUACAGUCGCAGGCAAUGCCACCGCAUGCAAUGUCAUCACGUACAAUGUCUCCGCAUGCAAUGCCUCCGCAUGCAAUGCCUCCGCAUGCAAUGCCUCCGCAUGCAAUGCCACCGCAUGCAAUGCCACCACAUGCAAUGCCACCACAUGCAAUACUACCACAAGCAAUGCCACCACAUGCAAUGCCUCCGCAAGCAUUUCAGCCACAGAGACAGGUUUUGUCGCCACAAAUGAUGCCAUCGCGGAUGUCUAUGCCACAGCGAAUGCCACUACAGUUUCCGCAGCCACAGUUUCCGCGUCCACAGACUUCAAAAGCAUCAAAGAAGACAUCGCCGUGGAAGAAGAAUUUCCCACCAAAUCGUAAGAACGAUUAG